UGUAAUUGAACUUCCGGCAGCAGUCAGUCCAGCUAAAAUGGAGUCCCGGCAGUUGCUGAGUGACACCAAAUGCUUGAUCAUUUAACUCCUUCACAUAUUCAUCAUAUAUAUCUAUGUGUGUCGCACACAUAUAUAAUAAGUACUUAUUUGACGGACUACCUACUUUACAUUAUUUACAUAAAACGGCUAAUGUACAUGAAAAAUGCCACUCGAAGACCCGUUCUUUGUCGUCAGAGAGUAUCUUAUGAUGCUCUGAAUCCCAAUUUGAAGUGCAGAAAGCAGUUCACACUGCACAGGGUUUAUACAUGAGAUGGUGUGAGCUGCAGGAAGAUCUUGGCUCCAUUACAAAGGAGGAACUCGAUUGGACAACCAAUGAACUGCGCAACAGCCUUCGUAGUAUUGAAUGGGACCUUGAAGACCUAGAAGAAACGAUAGGUAUUGUGGAGAAGAAUCCAAAAAAAUUCAAAAUCACUGAUGAGGAAUUGCGAGAGAGAAGAGGCUUCAUAGAGAAGACGAAGCAGGUGGUGAGGGAAAUUAAAGAUCAUAUGGCCAGCCCGGCUACAAAGUCAAAAGAACAAGCAAAAGUUAGACAAGCAUUAUUAACUACUAACGGACCAAGCACUAACAGAAUGGAUACCCGAUAUUCAAGACUUGACACAGAGAUGGAAAGAAGUAACCAAAGAUUUAUUGAUGAUAAUGAACAACAACAACAGAUGUUGAUUAACAAUCAAGAUGACCAACUGGACAUGAUAGGAGCCAGUGUUGGUGUUCUGAAAAAUAUGAGUCACCAAAUCGGCAAUGAACUGGAUGACCAAAAUGUAAUGUUAAGAGACUUUCACAAAGAUUUGGAAAGUGCUGAUUCUAGAUUAGACAGUGUGAUGAAGAAAAUGGCAAAAGUGUUACACAUGUCAAAUGAUCGACGCCAAUGGUGUGCAAUUGUUGUGUUGAUAGUUAUAAUGGUGAUUAUCAUAGCUCUAUUUUUUAUACUCUGAUGAAGUGGGAUUGUUGCUGGCAUUGUGGUUUCUUUUUUUUUUUUUUUUUUUUUUUUUUUUUGAGGUGGGUGGGUAUGGAUAGGAAUGGUCGGUAUAUGGCCGAAAUCAUACAAGUGUCUGAGCUACUCUACAACAACAACACCAACAUGAAAAGAAAAGAAGAAAAAACAAAAUGGAAAAAAAGAACAAAUAAUAAACACACAAAAAGUGGUUAUUUGUUCCUGCCUGAUUUUGGUGAUUCUAUGCAUAUUCUGAAUACACUAAACUUUUAACAGCAACACCAGUAGUAACAACAACAGUUUGUAGCGCAGCCACUGCCUGCACUGGGCUGCAGAAGAAACUCCCAACCAUUGAUAAUACCCCCUUCCCCCCACAUUCACAUUUCUGUAACUAAAACAACAAAGCACCACUCAGUUCUAGUGUCUGUGUUUGGGAUAUGACGCCUGUUCACUGCUGUCCAUUCUUCGAGGACUUUCAGAAGUUCAGAAGUCUGGAAGCUGAAAAUGUUGGCUGAUCUAGAAGAUAGAAGUGUGGCCUGCAACAUUCCAGCACCUGUUAUGGUCCAAUGUGAAUCUCUUGUAAACAGAUUUAUAAAUCAAACAGACAAGAUUUGGUUUUGUUUAUAUUUUAUUAAUACCAUUAUUAUUAUUGAUUUUUGGUUCUUCUUUUAUUCUCAAAGACACUGGUUGGUAUAAAGUGAAAGGAGGGAAAAAAACGAAAAACAGAAAAUAAGACACUUAUCAACUUACUAAUUAAGCUAACAAAAACUUUGUAUGUCUUGAGGCCUAUUAUUUACUCUUCAUUACAAACAUCCUUAGAUUUUCUGCACACACACACACACACACACAUACAUGGUGUCAUAUAUUGAUACACAUGUACAAACAUAUGUGAAAUAUUUGCAGUUUCCAAAAGACUUGUUUCUAAUUUAACUAUUUUAGUUUAAUCAUAAUUUUCAUCAUCACCAUCAUUAAUCAUGUUUCUCUUUUCUGUUAAAUUUUACUUUCAACACUUAAAUAUAAAAACUAUAAUACUUGAAAAAAAAAAAAAAAUACCAACAAAGUAAAUGAAACCAUUUACUAAAGCUAUAGACAUGUUCCAAUGUAAAUUUGAUUGGUUAGUUCAAUUUGUUUGAGAAAGAAAAGAAAAUAAUAAAUUAUGCAACAUACCUUCAGAAGAAGAUAGACUGAAAGUAGUAUCUUCUUUUA